AUGGAACCGGAGCCGACCCUUAGCGCUCUCCUCAAGGCUAUCACAGCCCUCACUGCCACCGUCGGGUCCUUGCAGGCCCAAAUCACAUCCCAAGGCCAACAGCUCAUCGAGCUCAAAGCCAUAUGCAAGGAAACCGCCGACCUCCUUGGGGAUAAAGACCAAGGAGCACCACAAGCCCAGCCUGGCCCAUCAACUGGGCCUGUUACUCCUCCCACCCACUCGGGAGGAGAAACCCACACUCCAGGCACGGUUAGGCCUGGACUCAAGGCCCCAUUCCGGCCUUCAAGAGGGUCAGGCUUUGAUUCAGAGGAUGAGGAAGAACAAAGGCGCCCCAAAAGGGAGCCUCAAGGAACGCCUAGGAGGCAUCUAGGGUCCCUAACCCCCUUCGACGCAGGGUCUAGCGCCAAGCGCCCCAAAAUGGACCUCCCGGACCCUUACAAGGGUGAUAUCAGGGGCUGCAAAGCCACCCAAUGGCUGGACCGGAUGCUCCUCUGGGUUGCCCUGCACAGGGAACAAUUUGACAAGGAAGAACAGAUGGUUGUGUGGAUACUCUACCACAUGACCAAUAAGGCAGCUGACUGGGCGCUCCCCCUGAUCGGGACUAUUAUCAAGGGCGAAGGCAAUCCCCCUACCACUAUCCUGGCUUUGACAGCUAAAUUCAAGGAAGCCUUCGCCGAUCCCGACGCCAAGCGGGCUGCUGCCAGGAAGAUAGCCACCCUGGUCCAAACCUCCACCACCUCCGAGUACGUUACGGAGUUCCGCAACCUCAUUGCGGAAUUAGACUGGAACGAGGAGGCCUAUAUUGCACAAUUCAUGCGAGGCCUCCACUGGAAAGUCAAGGAACUGUUGUCCACCAAAGACAGCAUCCCUGACAAACUCAAAGCCAUCUUUGCGGCGGCAAUUAAGAUUGAUAACAUCCGCCGCGAAAAUGAGGAGAACCGUCCAAAGAAGGCUCCCACCAAGGCCCCGGUCACCGCAACCACCUCUACCUCCACUACCACCAGGGUCCGCCUAUCUGAGGAUCCCAACUACGUCACCCCGGAGGAAAGGGACCGUCGCCGCGCAUCCGGCCUCUGUGUCAAGUGUGGUCAGAAGGGGCACGGGAUCAAACAGUGCCCUAACGGAUGGAAGGCCACGAUCAAGGAGGUUGCCAAGCCCCUGGCCCCUAAAUUAGAUGUGCAUGUAUUGGAUUGCGAAUUUGUAUCUUUGGCUCUAGACUCGAAUAAGAAGCCCCUUUUAUUUAUCAAUCUCGAACUGCACAACUCCCCGACGGAACCUCUUAAAACCCUUAUUGACUCAGGAGCCACAUCGAACUUCAUCUCCCCUUCAAUUGUGGAAAAAUAUAAAAUACCAAAAACCCAGCUCAAAAAUCCACGAGUUGUAAGAAUGUUAGAUGGUACAAUUUCCCAGACUGGUCGCAUAUGGCACCAGGUUCAACUCGCGGUUUUGGCCAAUGGCCAUAAACAUUCCAUUCCUUUCCUAGUUUGCCCCAUUGGGAACACAUCCGCCAUACUCGGCAUGACAUGGCUCACACAGGAGUCACCCUUGAUUGAUUGGUCCCUAGGCACGGUUACCUUCCCCGAACAAAUUCAGAUUGCAUCCAAAGAAGAGGCAGACCCUGAUCCCUUAGCCGAUCUUCCGGAACAGUACCAUGAGUUUGCCAAAGUCUUCGGCGAAGAGGAAUUUAAGGUCCUCCCUCCACACAGGGAGUAUGACAUAUCUAUAGACCUUGUCCCGGAUGCCAAACUAUCCCCUGGUCCCCUUUAUGGCAUGACUGACGCGGAGUCCAAGGCCCUCAAACAACAUAUUGACGAAGAAAUAGCAACGGGCAAGAUCUGUCCCAGUACUUCUUCCACUGGCGCCCCAGUCAUGUUUGUAAAAAAGGCAGACGGAUCCCUUAGAUUGGUUGUGGACUACCAAAAACUCAAUGACGUCACUCACAAGAACGUAUACCCACUCCCAAGACAGGACGACCUAAUGGCGAAGCUCAGACACGCCAAGAUCUUUACGAAACUAGAUCUACAAUGGGGAUACAAUAACGUCCGGAUCAAGGAAGGAGAUGAGUGGAAAACGGCCUUCAGAACUAAGUACGGGCUAUUCGAAUACCUAGUAAUGCCCUUUGGGCUUACCAACGCCCCGGCCGCAUUCCAACAUUUCAUGAACGAUCUGUUCAGGGACCUCAUUGACGUCUCUGUGGUUAUUUAUUUGGACAAUAUCCUGAUCUUCUCAGAAGACCCCAAGGACCACCCAGCCCAUGUCAGGGAAGUCCUAUCACAACUAAUGAAGAAUCAGCUAUUCUGUAAACUCUCCAAGUGCCACUUCCACGUCACCACGGUAGAUUACUUGGGUAUCGUCAUCUCCCCGGCAGGUUUUUCCAUGGAUCAGAAGAAGGUUGAGGCGGUCACGUCAUGGCCCCAGCCCAGAACGGUUAAACAAGUCCAGGCCUUCUUAGGCUUUGUUAACUACCUCCGACGGUUCAUUCCCAAUUUCAGCUCAGUGGCGCGCCCUCUGCACAACCUUACCAGAAAGGAAACCCCCUGGUCCUGGGGCAACCUAGAGGAAGCAGCAUUCCAGGAGUUGAAGGUUCUCGUUACCAAGUCACCGGUUCUCAUCCAUUCCAACCCAGAACUCCCCUAUUACCUCGAAACAGACGCAUCAGGGGUAGCUAUGGGAGCAAUACUCAGCCAGCAAGGAUCAGACAACCGGUUACACCCCAUUGCCUACAUGUCCAAGUCAUUCUCAGGAGCGGAAGCCAAUUACAACACCCACAAUAAGGAACUCCUGGCAAUAAUCAAGGCACUGGAAGAAUGGCGCAUAUUCCUAGAAGCCACAGACAAGCCAAUCCAGGUCUUCACGGAUCACAGGAACCUGGAAUACUGGAUGCAAGCUAGGACCUUCAACCGGAGGCACGCCAGAUGGCGCAUAUUCCUGAGCGAUUUCAAUUUUGAGAUCCAUUAUCGCCCAGGAAAGCAAUUGGGGAAACCUGACGCCCUAUCCAGAAGAGCGGACUACGUAGACACGCCCCCAAACCCAGAAGUCAUGUUACCAGCGGAAGUAUUUGCCAACACGUCGGAAGAGGAACUUGAUAUUGUCACAGAGAUUCGCACCAAACUCAGAGAUGACCCGUCACUUGAACCCAUCAUCAAGUUCCUCACAGAAGACGCGGACAAUGCACCUCCGUCAAUUCGGAAGGCCUACAGGGAAUAUGACUGGGAAGAAGACCUAUUGUGGUACCGCGGAAAGUUGGUGGUUCCAGACUCAGAAACCACAAAAGACCGGCUACUCAGGGAAUUCCACGACUCACCGCUGGCAGGACACCCCGGACAACAACGUACCCUUGAACUGCUAAGUCGCAAUUACUGGUGGCCAGGAAUGAAGUCCUCUGCCAAGGAGUGGGUAGAAUGCUGCCCCGUAUGCCAAGCCAACCGGCGAGCUCACGCACCGGUCAUUGCGCUGAAACCUUUGGAAGUACCCCCGUUCCCAUUCCACACCAUCUCUUACGAUUUCAUCACCGGGUUUCCCAAGUCACAGGGCCACGACGCUAUCUUAGUGGUAAUCGAUUCAUUCUCCAAGUUUGGGCACUUCAUCCCCACCUCCAAGAAAGUUACCGCCAAGGGAUUAGCAGAUCUAUUCGUUGCUCACGUUUGGAAACUCCACGGGCUACCAGUCAAGACCAUAUCAGACCGAGGUAGCACAUUCACAGGCAAAUUCUUGAGGGCCCUUUACCAACGAUUAGGGAUCAACCCAUCCUUCUCAUUGGCUUACCACCCAGAAUCGGACGGACAAACAGAAAGAGUAAACCAGUUCAUAGAAUUCUACCUCCGAUCCUACGUCUCUGCGGACCACUCAGAUUGGGCCACGUGGCUGCCUCUAGCGGAAUACGCAUACAACAACGCUAAGCAUGCCGCAACAGGAAAGUCCCCCUUUGAAUUGGUUUAUGGGAGAAGUCCAGUAAUGAACCCAUCCAACGUGCCAGCUAAUGUACCAGAGGCAGACCAAGUAGCAGACACCCUGGCCAGGGAAUGGAAGGAAGCCGAAGCGGCCUUAAGGAUGAGCAAGGAAAGGAUGGCUAGAGAGAAAGGAACAACUCCCGAAUACUCAAUUGGCAAAAAAGUCUGGUUGGACGGAAAAAACAUAGAGCUCAGAACCAACUCCAACAAACUAGAUCCAAAACGCCUAGGUCCUUUUGAAGUAACGGAGAAGGUUUCUAGCCACGCCUACCGCCUGAAACUACCAGAAUCUUUGAAAAUCCACGACGUAUUCUACGUGGGAUUACUAUCCAAAACCCACAAAUCCCCAGGUCAACCGUUUCCCAAACAACCACCCCCUGAAACAAUAGAGGGAGAAGAGGAGUACAAGGUGGAACAAAUCAUUGACUCUAAAAGGCAACGCGGAAAAUGGUUCUACCUGAUCAAAUGGAAAGGGUACGGACCAGAGGACAAUUCAUGGGAACCUGAAGAACUGCUGGAACACAGCCAGGAAGAGAUCAAGCGCUUCAACCAAGCUAGACUCAGAAAGGCUCGUGACGCCGCCAAGAGCCUUUAA